UUAGAUUAUUAGUUUUUUUUGGCGGGAAGGCGAAGAGGGAGGGAGCAGAGAGAGAGAGAGAGAGAUGAGCUUGUCCUCGUCGCCGGCGAUUGAACCAGACACGCCGGACCUUAUUUGCCAGCUCGAUAAUGUUCAAGGAAUGGUCGACGCACUCACUUGCGUCCGAUGGAAACGUCACCAGGACGCUUUGGUGGAGUUAUCGGAACACGGAAUAGUAUUAAUCGUAGAGGAAUCAGGUUGUCUUCAAGCCAAGGUUUAUCUUCAACGCGAGCUAUUCACGAAAUACGAGUAUGGAGCUCAAGGGAGGCCGAGAUUUGGAAUUAGCUUAGGUCUUCUUGUUGAUUGCUUGAACACGUUUUCAUCACCUGGACAUUCAAAUACUAUAGAGCUUAAGUAUCCAGGUCCUGAUAUGGAGCUUCUUCUCAAAUCUGUUGAUACGCUGAACUCUUGCAUCUACUCUGAGAUAAGAACGAGAAUCCCGGAAACCGUCACAUGGGACUACAACUUUGAGCAGGCAGGAAGCGUGCCACUCACUUUUACCGUAAAGUCAGCGGCGUUGAAAGAAGCUAUAGAUGAUCUUGAAUGGCCUGGAUCAAGUGUACAGAUCAGCCUCCAAAAGGAGCCUCCUUGUGUUACCUUCAGGGGAGAAGGACAUGGAGACCUACAGAUAGACUUCAUGUAUUAUGCCAACACAGAUCUUCUCCUUGCCUUUCAUUGUGAUAACGAAGUCUCUUACCGGUACAAAUACAAGUUUUUGAAGGCAACAACCGCAAAUAUACCAGGAAACGUAGUGAGAGAAAACAGGGGAAGCAAACUGACAAUAGGAAGAGGAGGAAUGCUGAAAGUUCAGCACUUGGUUUCAGUUGCUAAAGCUAUAGCUCCACAAGUGGAAUCUGCAGGGUAUCAGCCUCCGAGUCGGAUUGCCUAUAUUGAGUUCUUUGUGAAGCCUGAAGAACCAACUGACUGAUUAAUUUACUCAACUACGUAAAUUUGCUUCUGUUUGUAAUGCUUGUUCCCUACCUCUUAGUCCAUCAAUACUCAAUAGUACUACCUGAACCAGUUUGUAGUAUGUUAAGAAGGGAAAAAAAAAAGUGCCGGAUUGCGUGUCGUUUCACUA